ACUAAGACUUCUCCUCUGCUGCCCAAGCGCUAUGGUGCAGGGAUAGCUGCCGUCUUCAGUCAAACCAAAGCAGGCUCUACAAAGAGAAGGCUGACUCUAGACAGUUAGAAAACAUUUGAGUACGUGUGUGAAGCUUGGAGUCAAAUGUAAUACUUGGAGGAACUUCCUGCUACCAGAUUUCUCAGUACCAUUGCAUGAAGUACUCGAAUGUGAGUUAUGGACUACUCAUUACCAGUUUUCUACUUGUUAUGAAAGGAGGGGCAGGUGAGGAGGAGGGAGGAAAUUACCCCCAUUGAGAAAUGGUUCAGAUGUUAAAAUAACAUAUUUGUGUGCUGAUGCUUGUUGCUUCCAGUACCUGAAAAGUAGUGGAUACCCAAUAUAAUUGUUUUCUGAAAUGUGUGUUUUUACAACAUUACCUUUUUCUUAAAAUACUGUGGCAAGGAUUCAUUUCCCCAUGUGUCUGAUUCUGAGCCCACAGGGAAAAUAUGCAGAGUCCAAACUUGGAAGCAGGAAUGUUUUUCAGUUUGGCAAAUUAGAAAAAGGCUGUAUGACUUCCAGAUGUUCGAAGUGCCCCUUUUCUUUAUCACUACUUUUGCCAAAAGGUUUGUGCUCUCUUUGUGGUGGGACAAGAAAAGCAGAUUUUGAAGUUCUGUUCUCCCAGAAAGAAGAGCUGAUGUUUAACGUUGCCUCUCUGGGGUAACAGUUGCUCUAUGUAUAAACUGGAAUGAAAGACAACAGGGGCAGGUGGGAGUUAAGUGCUUUUGGGAUCCAAGUUCCUUUUGUCUGUCCUGUGUAAACUGGUUACAGGUGCCUUGACUGUGUUCUCUGGUUUGGAUGUCUUGGGGGUUAGUGAAUCCUUGUAUGAUGGGUACCCACGUGGUUAAUUACUACUUUCAGAAAGCGUAUUAUUUUGAGAAUUUUCUAUUGAGUGUGGUUUUAGCCUUACUCUAUCUAAUGCUUUGCUUGACAUAUGUGCUCAAAAUCUUUUAAGCACAUCAGCUGGCAGAUUCAGAGGAAGUUAUUGUGUAUAUUUAAGAUUUAGAAGAAUAAUGCUUAAGUGUACUGACUGGAAUAUAUGUAAUAUUUUACAGUUUUCUCAUUCUGUGAAUAUUCAUUUUAAGCAACCUUACUGAAAUGGGACAGUUUGGAAACCAUAUUUCAUGUGCCAAAGAGGAGAUCUGCCUGAAUACUGAGUAUUCUCCUGAAUUGAUGUUCCCAAACACCCCGAUUUCUUCUAUGGCUGCUUUUUGCAUCAAAAAGAAUUCUGGUCUGGAUGGAAAGUAAUGCUUCUGGAGGAAAAAGGACCCCUUAAAUCUCUUGUGGAAGCUGAUGCGUAUGGAAGUGGACUGCAUUUUCAUGGGAGGACUACUACAGGAGCUGCACAUUUCAGCAAACCAUCUGGGUUCAGCCCUAUUGCAGAGAAACAUGUGAACCUAAAAGUCUAUAACUGAGUAUUUCAGAUUAUAUUGUAUGUUGUCUUGAUGAAAAUAACUUGUCUAUUGCAUGAGAGCAGGCCAGUAGAGAUCCAGAAGGAAAAGUGAAGUUAAAAUUGGUUCUCUUUUCACAACUGAAUUUUCAGCAGCCAGUCAGUCAAUCAAACUUAAUUUCUGUCACACAUCUCUCCCCUUGUGGGAAUUUUUUUUUUUUUUUGUAGUAACAUUAUUCAACUUUCCUUUAGAUUUACAGGAGUAUAAUGUUGAAGUCUAGUAACUGAAUGCAGAAAGAAAUAGUUCUUGUAGAAGUAAAAACAAAAACCCAAAAAACCACCGAACAACUUUGCAGUGCCAUGUAACUUUGUUGAUAUCCUGUCUUUCAGGAAUUACAUGAAUGAUAGCUUGAGAACAGAUGUCUUUGUAAGAUUCCAGCCAGAGAGCAUUGCUUGUGCAUGUAUUUACCUCGCAGCCAGGACGCUGGAGAUUCCACUUCCUAAUCGUCCACACUGGUUUUUACUCUUUGGUGCAACAGAGGAAGAAAUUCAAGAAAUCUGCUUAAAGAUUUUGCAACUUUAUACUCGGAAAAAGGUUGAUUUAUCUGAUCUGGAAAGUAAAGUAGAAAAGAAGAAAUUAGCUAUUGAAGAGGCAAAAGCACAAGCUAAAGGUCUGGUACCUGAGGGAGCACCAAGUUUAGAUAACACAUCAGGAUUUUCCCCUAUCCCAAAAAAUGAGUCUCCAAAAGAGGUUAAAGGAAAUAAACCUUCACCGCUACCUGUUCAGGCAAUGAAGAAUGCUAAAAGGAAAACAGAGGGAGCAAAAAGAAUGAGUUCCAAUAGUCCAGUAAAUGGCAUUCAGAAGGGAAGAGAAAGCAGAAGUCGAAGUGGAAGUCGAGAUCAAAGUUAUUCAAGAUCACCAUCCAGAUCUGCAUCCCCUAAGCACAGGAAAAGUGAAAGUUACUCCACAUCAAGCGGUUCCAAGUCCCACAGCCGUUCUAGGAGCCGCAGUGACUCUCCUCCAAGACAGUUCAACCACAGUUCUAGCUACAAAGGUUCCAAGGUGAGAAGUUACAAGAAAUCAAAAGACUACAAAUACUCAACACACAAACCACGGAAAUCACGCAGCAGGAGUUCCUCACGUUCCAGGAGCCGAUCCCGGGAGCGCUCUGACCAUUCGGGGAAGUACAAGAAGAAGAGUCACUACUAUAGAAAUCACAGGCAUGAGCGUUCGCGCUCCUAUGAGCGGGCGAGUCAUCGCUAUGACCGAGACCAUCCUGGCCACAGUAGACACAGGCGAUGAAUAAAGCAAAAAAGUUCUUUCCUUUGGAAUUUAAGCAGUGGAGCUCCUUCCGCAUUUGGUCUUUGCAGCAUAGGGUUAACUCUGGCUUGUAAACCACCUAGCUUGAGUAAUGUCCACUCUGCUGGCAAUUCUGUACUUACUAUCAUGAAUCCAAAGGAAAGAUACUAACAGGACGGGAUGAUGUGAAAGCCUGAAUCUGAUAGAUGUCUUGGUGACUGUUCUGCUGGAGGGUGGUCACCUAGUAACACUGCAGAACUUGUCUCUGGAUGCUCCUAUGCCUGCUCUUUAGUAAUUUUGCGUACCGUAGUGCAGUGGAGUGGGACUUGGGACUUCCAGUUCUGCAAGCAGGAUGUCCAUUGCUCAGCCGCUGGCAUACUGUGCUGAACAGUCCUUCCCUGUGGAACUAGAAGGCUCAAGACAGUUCAUAAAACCCAUUGGAGUGGCUUGGUGCUAACAAAGCUGUCUUUUCAUACUGACUCAGACUAUGUUGUACAAAUGUAAGGUGACUUUUUUUAGAACUGUUGCCUAUAUUAGGUUAUAUAUGUGUAUAUAUAUUUUGCAGUGUUACAGUACAGUAUGGGAAUACGGCCUUACUAGCCUUUACACUUUAUCCACAAUGUAAAUAAGCAUUUGUUUAAUACAGUGGAAGAUAUAUACAGAAAAUUCAAAACUUGAAUUCUAUCAAAAGACUUGUGUAGAAAAUUCUGAUAAAUGUGAAAGUAUUUAGCUCUGUGUAUUGAGAGUAGUAUAUUUUUAUCUGUGCAAUGCUGUGUGCAGGCCACCAGCUCAUAAGACAUUUCCUAUAUAUACAUUUUAAGUGGUUUGAAAUUCUUUACUCAGGAUCUUUGACACUCUGAAGAAUUAGUAGUUUGUCAAUCUGCAUGCUUGUUGAAGAACAGAGCAUUUAAAAAAAAAAAAAUAGCAAAAACCCCACAGCCCAGUAGUAUCAGUUCUAAUGGUAUAUCUGAGCUGUUACUCUCAUGCUCCCUAAUUGCAUUAAAGUAUUUGAUUUUCUAUUACA